AUGGCCGACGCUUCUUCGUCGCCUCGUCCAGCGCUAGUGAGAGAGUUCGCCAAGGUGGUGAAGCUCAGCCCGCGCAGGAUCGAGGAUACGCUGCGGAAGGCGCUGGCGAGGUUGGAGGAGAGAGUGAAGGAGCAGGAGGGGCUGAAGUUGGCGGAGCUGAAUGACUACUCUGAUCUCGAGGAGGUCCCCUCCGUCCACGUGGACCCGCGGAUCUCCAGGCACAUCCUUGAGGUGCAGAGGCGACAAGACAGCUUCAACAAGCUCUUCAACGGCAGGACUGAGAAGCUGUGUCAAGGCUCCAUACUGAGAGCAGGGAUGAGGUCCAAGGAGCAGAAGCGCAUCGGGUUCUCGCUCGAGCUCGAUCAGACUCGAUUCUACGACCCGGUGGAGGUUGAGGUGGAGCAAGAACGUGUACCGGCGGAGAAGCCCAGCAAGGGGAUGGGCUUCCUGGGCUUCUCGAAGAUCUUGGGGGUGUUUACAGGGAAGGGAGAGACGAGGAGAACGGAGAAGGCGUUCAUGAGCUCCAAGUUCAGCGCUGCUGUCAUAGACAAGCGCUCUAAGAACUACAAGGGCCAAAAGAGCGAGAAGGGCAAGAGAUCGUCCUCGUCAAGGGGCGAUGGGUGUGACAACAUCAUCGGAGCUCGUCCCGUCCCUGCGCAGCUCCCGGGAGCGAUCGCGGGGGAUGCAGCGGAGCGGAUCAGUUUCGCCGGAGGGGCGAUCGAGGGAGGGGCGAGCGACUUCAGCUUCGCCGGUCAGCCUCUCCUCUCAUCGCUCCGAGCUGACGCCCAGCAGGUCGGGAGGAUGCGAGACAGUCGCUCGGGCUCCGUCUCACCGGAGAUCCGCUCGCGUGACCGAGGAGGAGCCUCGCCCGUGGAGAUGUCCUUGUCGAGGAAGAAGAACAUCAUCGGAGGUAGCGAGCGCAGCACCUCCCCGCAGGCCUUCGUGCGGAGGUCGAGGAGAGCAAGCGAGAUCAUCUCAGUCAAGAAGCUGCCGGACCCUUGGCUGGAGGAGGAGGAGAGCACGAGGCCUGUGCUGGUGAAAAGCAACUCACUCUCUCGGGCGGAUCGAUCAAGAUCAUUGAGCCCCCCGAGUCGCCUGAGGAACGCCGCGGCUGGGCCCCAGGAGCUCCGCGCAUCGAGUCGGAGGGGCGGCAGGAACUAG